AUGCCAGGUCACCCCGUGUCGCCCUCUGAGGCGCCACGUGUGCAGGCUGACGUGGCAGCCCUGCUGGCGCUCAUCCGCCAGUCGGACGCCGUCUUCCUCCUCACCGACACAAGAGAGAGCCGCUGGCUGCCCACCCUUUUGUGCGCGGCCGAGGGAAAGGUGGCCAUCAAUGCUGCUCUCGGCUUCGACUCCUUCCUUGUCAUGCGCCACGGGGCGCCACCACUGCCUGUGCAUGCCACGUCAGCACCAACAGCAUCCGAGUCAGCACCAGCAGCGUCUGAGUCAGCGCCAGAGAAGUCUGAGUCAGUGCCAGCAGCAUCUGAGUCAGCGCCAGCAGCGUCUGAAUCUGCGCCAUCCAAACGCCUCGGCUGCUACUUUUGCAAUGAUGUUGUUGCCCCUCUCAAUUCCACGGCUCAUCGCACGCUAGACCAGCAGUGCACAGUCACUCGCCCCGGGCUGGCAGCCAUAGCGGGGGCUCUGGCAGUGGAGCUGUUGGUGGGUCUGCUGCACCAUCCCAUGGGAAUCGCAGCACCAGCAGAAGACACCAGUGCUGAUGGGGUUUCUGCCUCUGCUUCUUCCCACCUCUGCUCGCCUCUGGGUCCACUGCCUCACCAGCUGCGCGGCUUCCUCUCCUUCUUCUCCCAGCUGCCCAUCACUGGCUUCGCCUUCCACCAGUGCACCGCCUGCUCCCAUACAGUGGUUUCAGCAUACAGGGAGCGUGGUUUUGCGUUCCUUAUGGGCGCGUUUAACGAUCCCACGUAUUUAGAGAGGAUCACAGGCUUGGAUAAGCUGCACGCCGCCACUGUAGAGAUUGAGGUCGAUUGGGACGAUAGUGAGGAUGACAAUAGUGAGGACUUCGGGGAAUUAGUGAGUGAAUGA